AUGGCAUCAAGAAAGAAGGUCUUGUUGAAAGUGAUCAUCCUCGGUGAUUCUGGUGUCGGUAAGACCUCCUUGAUGAACCAAUAUGUCAACAAGAGAUUCUCAAACCAAUACAAAGCUACUAUCGGUGCCGACUUCUUAACUAGGGAAUUAGUAGUUGACGAUAGAGUAGUUACCAUGCAGCUCUGGGAUACAGCCGGUCAAGAACGAUUCCAAUCGCUCGGUGUAGCUUUCUACAGAGGUGCAGACUGUUGCGUAUUGGUGUACGACGUUAAUAGUAGUAAGAGUUUUGAGGCGUUGGAUGGUUGGAGAGAUGAAUUCUUGGUUCAGGCCUCACCACACGACCCCGAAAACUUCCCAUUCGUAGUACUGGGUAACAAGAUCGAUAUGGAGGAAUCCAAACGAAUGGUAUCCCAAAAACGAGCCAUGACAUGGUGUCAAGCCAAAGGGAAUAUACCUUAUUUCGAAACUUCCGCCAAGGAGGCUAUCAAUGUCGAACAGGCUUUCCAAACUAUCGCUAAAAACGCUUUAGCUCAAGAGGCAGAAACGGAGUUAUACAACGAUUAUCCAGAUCCGAUUAGAAUCGAUUCUGAGAAUUCACAAAAUUACGGAUGUAAUUGUUAA